CGGUUUUUGAAAGUUGAAACUGGAUUUCUGGAGACAGGAAGCCAUUUUGUUAUUAAAUUCAGCUACGAAACAGGAAACAAUCUGCUUUGUAGAUACUCCGUGCUCGAUAGAAGAUACUGGUUAGUGGCUACAGCUUCAGGAAGUAAAUUCUUGUUUGUAUUCGAAAUUCGUGAAAGUAAAAUGAACGACAUUUUGAAUAACCAAAACUAGUGCGUGACGUGGAAUAAUUUUAAGUAUUAGGUGCUGUCAUACAAAAGUAGAGAUGAGUGUGAUCAUAAGGCUGCAGAAUCUUCCUUGGUCAGCCAAUGCGCUUGAUAUUAGGAAUUAUUUCCAAGGCCUUUCUAUUCCGGAAGGGGGAGUGCACAUCGUAGGUGGAGAACUUGGCGAUGCAUUCAUAGCCUUCAGCACUGACGAAGAUGCGCGUCAAGGGAUGAUGCUAGAUGGAGGUAAAAUAAAAGAGAUUCAAGUUAAACUUCUUCUAAGUUCACGUUCAGAGAUGCAUAAAGUUAUCGAAGCGGCGCGACAAAGUGUGCCAAUUUUAUCACUAUCUACAGCAGCGCCGGCGCCGAUCGUUGCCCACGUUCCACCAGCCAUACCCAAAUCCGUCCCAGUCUCAGUACCUACUCCGCCUAUUAUCACCCCGUUCUCUGCAGCUCUAGGCUCCAACCCCCUAGCUAGCUUCGGCAUACCAGGCCUCGGAAAUCCACAAGAAAUACCCCAACCGGCCGUUAUAGAACCCCCUCCACCACUCAUAAGUCCCUCUCACAGCCAAUCCGCUGAUGAUGAGAGGGAGAAGGGGAAAGAUGGAGAUAAAAUCGAACGCAAAAAGAAAGACGAUAGGAGACGAUCCAGGUCGCGGACCAGAUCACGCGACCGAGAUAGAAAAGAUCGAAAAAGAGAUCGUAGAGAUCGGUCCAGGUCACGGGAUAGGAGACGUCGCGACCGAAGCCGUAGCAGAGAACGUCGCGAUAGAAAGAGAGAUAGAAAAGAUCGUAGCUAUUCGCGUGAUCGUUCUCCACGACGAUCGCGUGACAAACGUAAUAACGAUAAGAAGUUAUCUCCGCAAUCGUCACAAGAACGGGCAAUGAAUGCUCUCGGUGACGCUAGUCGCUCGCCAUCGCACUAUGCUAACAAGGCUGCGAACAUUAUUGGUAUGACUAAUCCAAUAAUGAAUAACGGACUUCUUGCUAAUCCUAACCCAGUAACUACUCGCUUCAAUGAUCCGUCUAUGGCUGAAACAUUGAAUAAGCUGCAGGAAUUGGGUAAGAAAAGAAAUCCUAAUGCAUUCCAGGGAGAACAACAAAAUGGUGGCCUAAAUCAAAGAGGAGGUUUUCGUCGUGAAGGGCGCCGAUUCGAUGGUCCAGAUAGUAAUAAUUGCUGUGUAGUCAUUAAAAAUGCGCCUAAUCAUACAAGUUAUGGCGACGUUCGCCGCUUCUUUCCUUACAUGAUUGAUAAACAUGGUAUUAAAAUGAUAAAUGAUAACACCGGGCGUCGAACAGGUACUAUUUACGUACGUUUUUGUGACCCUCAGUCAAAACUUGCGGCUUUGCAAAGAAAAACAAAUGAGCUUAAAGGUGCCAAGGUUGUAGUCGAGAACCUAGAGGACGAUGUGUACGAUACCGCAGUCGACUCGUUCUUGCCCUAUCGGGAUGAUAAUGAUGUUGAAGAAGAUACUAACAUUAAGAAUGAAAUGAUAAACAAAAAUGUCACAUCUUAUAAUGUACUCAAAUUAUCAGAUUUACCGCACUAUGUAAAAGAGCAUGACAUUAUGAAACUGUUUAGUGACUUCUCUUUACUUUCGAUUAUAAUGGACGAUUGUCGUAUAACACGUUCAAAAAUUGCGUAUGCUCAAUUCGUUAAAAGUGAGGAGGCAAGAGCAGCAUACGAGCGCAAAGAUACUUAUGCGUUCGGAAGACGUCAAGCGGCAAUAACACCUUUGACUGAAGAAGAAUAUGAAGAAGUUAAACAUAAAUUUGACAAAAGCAAUGCGCCGUCGUCGAAUAAAACAGAAAUGUCUCUACCUCGAGACCCGCGUCAACGUCGACAAGAAAAUAAUGGUCCAAUAGCCCCGCCUGCGCCAAUGAUGAUGCAAAAUCAGCCACAUGGACCUGGCUUCUUCCCCAACCCCUCAUUCCCUCAUAACAUGCCCGCCUAUUCAGCUCAGAAUGGAGCUCAAUUUGGUUUUCCUAACCAAGGCGUAGUCGACCCUAGAACCGCAGCGGCAAACUGGGCUUCUCGUCCGCAAUUUCCCAAUCAGAAUACGUCUUUUGGAAAUCAAGGUCCGGCUGUGGUUAAAAACAAUAUGCCUGUUGAAACAGAGGAAGAACCUCUCGACUCAGUUCUCAUGAAGGGUUUGCCGCGCAACGCUACAGAUAGAACUAUUGUUCACUUCCUCUCCGAUACUGGAGCCGUUCCUUCAAGAAUCCACCUGAUGUUGGACACAAAUGGACUCCCGUCCGGUGAUUGUUUUUGUGAAUUUAGAUCAGAACAGGAAGCUAGACAAGCUGUAUCAAAACAUGGUCACAUGUUAGAAGGUUGCCGAAUUACAGUAGAUUUGGUUAUGAAAAGCGUAGUUGAAGAUGCUUUAGAGGGCCCAAAAGAACCAAAGAACACGCAAGGCUUCAUGGGUAACGGCCCGACGUUCUUUGAAGCUCAGCGAGGUGGGUUCGGAGAACCACAUCAUGGUUUCAGAGGUCGCGGUGGCUAUGAGCGGGGAGGUUUUAGAGGUGGCUUUGAUCCUAGUCGUGGUGGUUUUGAUCGCGGGCGGGGAGGAUUCGAUCCAGGACGCGGCGGAUUCGAAGGUCGAGGUGGAUUUGAUCGCGGUGGUUACAGAGGUCGCGGAGGCUGGAAUGAGCGGGCGCGAGGCUUUGAAAGAGGCAGAGCCCGCGGGCGGGGCCGCGGAGUUUUCGAAAGCGGCCCCCGCCCGACUGAAGAUGAGCCGGACCCAGCGCUAGAGGACUUCGGAGCGCCAGGCUGUGUUGUUUCUAUGGAGAAUGUACCGUUUAGAGCGAGCGUGGAUGAUAUUUUAGCCUUUUUCGGUGAUUUCGAAUUGACACAAGAUGAUGUUAUAAGGCGUUACAACGAGCGGGGUCAGGCCACAGGUGAUGCGCGGGUCGCGUUCCGAACGCCAUUUGACGCACAACGGGCGAUCAAAACGCGACAUAUGAACACUAUAUUUGAAAGACGGGUUAGUCUCACACUGAUGUAGCGUGAACCUGCUUGACCAUAGUUAAGAAAUUAAGUGAUAGGAGUGUAAAUAUGACCCACCGACAUAUGUGUGGAAAAGCUUAACUACAUUAAGUAGAGAAUCCGAUUUUGAGAAACGUAUAUUUUUAACUCUCACGUAAGUUAAGGGCCGAAAAGUGAAUGUAGUAAAAUCUCGGAAUAACGAAAAAACAAGUUCUUUAAACCAAGUUAAUUUUAUCGGCCCUUUAAAACUAUUGUAUAUAGUAAUUUCACACUAGUCUUUUAUAUAUAUUUUAUAGAAUAGGGUUAAUGAAAUAAAAUAAAGUUAUGAUUAAA